CAGAAAUGAUACCCACAGCCGAGACUUCUUCGCCCGCCAGCGCCGUACAGGUCGAUGCGGACACCACCGCUGCGUCCACAUCUUUCCCUCCGCCCUCCCAGCCUCCUAGGAAAAAUUCAGCGUUGCGCGCGAAGCGCCCGGCGCGCGAGCGCCAGAGGAAGCAGCGCUAUGAGCUUCUGCACAGCAUGACUGAAGAGGAGCGUCGGAUUUUCUUGCAGCAAGAGGCUGCGGACAAGGAGGAAGCUCUGCAGCGUCUGCAGCGAGCGGCGGCGACUGACUCCACCAACCAGCGAGUUGCCAUCGAUCUGGGCUUCGACAGCAUCAUGAACGACAAGGAGAUCCGAAGCCUGGCCAACCAGCUCAAGCUCAGCUAUGGCGCGAUCAAGCAGAUGCCCGAGCCGUUCCAACUGCUCUUCUGCAACCCCAGCGAGCAACUGGAGCACUCUCUGGAGCGGUUCGGCGCCAGCCACUGGCACGUCCAGUGGCGGCGUGGCGCUGAUAGUGUUGCAGAACACUUCUCUCCUGACGAGCUCGUGUAUCUGUCGCCCGACUCGCCGAAUGUGCUGGAAAAGAUGGAUCCGACCAAGAUCUACGUGAUUGGCGGCAUCGUGGACAAGUCUCGCAAGAAGGGGGCUACACUAAACACAGCUACUGAAGCAGGUAUCAGGACGGUUCGGCUACCGAUUCAGGAGAACAUCCCGGAGCGACUGGAUCACAUCUUGAACGUCAACACGGUCGUUGACGUGUUGAUCAAUUUCCGAGAGCUUGGUGACUGGCCGCGAACGCUGGAGAUCGCGCUACCUCAGGUGCAUUAG